AACAGCGCAUCGAUUCACUCCGAUAACCAGCUCCGCGGCUCCAACGGUGCAUUAACCCUCGCAAUUAACUUUUCUCGUGAUGGGGGAGAGGAUAGCUGGCCACGACGAGCUGCUCCCAACCUCGCACCGAGCUUAAUUUUAACCCCAACUCUUCACAACUCUUUUCUUGAUGAAUCUCGAUGGAUCUUUUGGGAGCAUCUGCGCUUCUCCUGCAACCUCUUCCCACCGCCUCUCCUCUGCCCCCGCGUUUUUCCAUCGUCCGGAGGCUCCCGACAACCAAUGUAGGAUUCCGGCGGCGGCUACCUGAACACAAAGCGGCAACUUCGGCCUCUGAAGCUGAAAAGACGGGGGCGGUCUCCCCGUCUCCGAUUUACAUACCAACACCCGGCGACAGGGAGCUCCGGACUCCUCAUAGCGGAUAUCAUUUUGAUGGGACGGCUAGGGCGUUCUUUGAGGGCUGGUACUUCAAGGUGUCGAUCCCCCAUUGUAGGCAGAACUUCUGCUUUAUGUAUUCAAUGGAGAAUCCCGCAUUUUCUGAUGGGAUGGGGGUGCUGGAUAGGACAAUGUAUGGGCAUCGUUUUACUGGCGUUGGAGCUCAGAUUCUUGGUGCGGAUGACAAGUAUAUUUGCCAAUUCAGCGAGAAGUCGAAGAACUUUUGGGGAAGUAGGCAUGAACUCCAGCUCGGUAAUACAUUCAUAGCAGGAAUAAAUUCAGUCCCUCCUAAUGGGGAGCUUCCUCCUCAGGAAUUUCGUAAGCGCGUUUUAGAAGGCUUUCAGGUCAGCCCCUUUUGGCAUCAGGGCUUUAUUCGUGAUGAUGGAAGGUCAACCUAUGUUCAAACUGUGAAGACUGCUCGUUGGGAAUAUAGUACACGUCCAAUAUAUGGAUGGGGUGAUGUGAAAUCUAAGCAAAAAUCUACUGCAGGCUGGUUAGCUGCUUUUCCUGUAUUUGAACCUCAUUGGCAAGUAUGCAUGGCCGGCGGUUUGUCAACGGGUUGGAUUGAAUGGGAUGGAGAACGCUUUGAAUUUGAAAAUGCUCCAUCUUACUCGGAAAAAAAUUGGGGUGGAGGCUUUCCAAGGAAAUGGUUUUGGGUCCAGUGUAAUGUAUUUAAGGGAGCUUCUAGUGCAGUCGCUUUGACAGCUGCUGGUGGCUUAAGGAAACUUCCUGGAGUGGCUGAUAACUAUGAAAGUGCGGCCUUGGUUGGCAUCCACUAUGAAGGAAUUUUUUAUGAAUUUGUGCCCUGGAAUGGUACUGUGAGCUGGGAGAUAAGUAAGUGGGGUUAUUGGCAUUUCUCUGCUGAGAACAAUCAAAACAUGGUAGAAUUAGUAGCUACAACAGAUGAACCGGGCACCCCGCUGAGAGCUCCAACGCAAGAAGCCGGACUCGUCACGGCGUGUAAAGAUACUUGCUAUGGUGAUCUGAGGUUGCAGUUGUGGGAGAAAACAUCUGAUGGCAACAAGGGAAAGUUAAUCCUUGACGUGACGAGCGACAUGGCCGCUGUUGAAGUAGGUGGGGGGCCGUGGUUCUCGACCUGGAAGGCGACGGCCGCCAUGCCGGAGCUUGUUAGCCGUGCUCUUCAAGUACCUGUGGAUGUAGAGAGUUUCUUUCCUAUACCUUUGUUCAAGCCCCCCGGCCUAUAAUAAAAUGGGGCUUCAUUUAUCAUCUUCCCUCCUUUGUUUGGAAUGGAGAUAUUAUGAUAUUUCGUCUUAGGCUUUGGAACUGCUAAACAGGUACAUUAUAAAUUUUAAGCUAUUUUGUGUUGAUUUAA